UUGGUAAUAGACUUUAUUUAUUCAGGUGUUUAACUGUCGAAAGUGCAAGCUUUACUUCCCUAGCCGCGAAUAUUUUGGCAGACAUAUGGCUUAUCACAACGAAUUGGACACUUAUAAAUUUCACUGUGAAAAGCAAGAUUUAGCCAUUUAAAUUUAAAAAUUAAUUUGUUUAAUUAGAUGCACUGAACGUUUCCAUACGGAACAGGAUUUACAGACACACCUCUUACAGCAUGCGGAUCAUUCUCCCCAUAAUUGUAGAAAUUGUAAUGGGAUAUUUAGAUCGGCAUUGGCUCUGAGGCGGCACAAAGACAACUGGCCACAGUGUCAUUCUCCUCCUAUCGGAAUGCAACUCCCUUUCUUUGUCAACCCAAUAGAUCAAUUUUCCUUUGUUGGGAGUGAUUUAAACGAAUUUGCUGAUCAGAGUGAUAAUGAGGAGGAUAGCGAUGAGUAUCAACAAAAAUUUUCUCGUUAUGAGACAAUUACAUCAGCAAAAAAUGAUGGGGUUUUAACAAGGAAAACAACACAAGAUUCUGGUUAUCAUGGAUCUGACACUCACAGUCCUGCUGGGAGCCAUUCUCCAAUUGACGAUAGCUCCGGUUCCUUCCCUUCGUCUUCUCAUUCGUUCGAUUUUAACCAAAAAAGUUCUGUCAAAAAUGAUUCAUCCGAUUUUGGAGGAUUUGCUUCCGUUAAAGAAGUCUAUUCAUCAACUAUUUACAAUGAGAGUCCAGCCAAAAACGGGGGAACAAAAAUACUACAUGAGUAUGGAUUGUAA